AUGUUCACGACCGGAACACCACCAUUGGCUGUACGGAUCGAACAAAUAUUUACCCAAAACGGAAAUCAGUGGACGGAAAGGUGUUGCAGAAACCAUAAAACUGAUUGUACAUUCAUAAUAGUUGUCAAGUUGGCUAAUCGCAGUGUUAGGCGGAAUUCCACAUGUAUCCCUCCUUACCACUGGCACUCAGGUGCUGCUACGGCCGAGAAGUCCAUCCCACGCAAGAUUGGCCAAGAAUUCGGGACACUUGCCGGUCCGGCACCAAGACGAAAUCCGAUUGGUCGAAAGUUUGGACCCAAGAGCCAAUCAUGA